AGCUCUAUUUAUCAGAAAUGCUAUUGACAUUCUAGUUCUGCUUUAUAUCUAAGUACAUGAACAGGAUUGCUUAAUAGUUAGCAGAAUGCUACCUGAACUUUCGGAUGUAGAAUGCAAGUCUGAGAAGUCGUCACACUUGUUGUCCCAAACUUGGGACUCUUAUGAUAUGGAAGCUACUAUAACACCCUAUACCGGAUUUGAGGUUUUAAAAUCAACCCUUCCUCCUUGCCAAGUUUGUAGAGCACCAGCUUCAGGAUACCACUACGGAACAAAUACUUGCGAAGCAUGCAAGGUUUUUUUUAGGAGAAGCCUGACGAAACAUACUGAUUAUAGAUGUAAAAAUGGACGAAACCAAUGUAUGUCGUCAGACGAUUAUAUAUUUAAUUGCAAAUCAUGUCGAUUUAAAAAAUGUGUAUCUGAAGGAAUGUCCAGAGAUAGAAUUAAAAUUGGAAGAUACUCGAGAGAAAGGCGGCGAGAAAACUUUAAUAAACUCUCCGAGAUUAUUUCUAAUAAACCCUCAAUUCCUCAUAUGAUGAAUUUUGCUGACGCAGAUAUUGUGACUGUGUAUUGUAGAGAGUCUUUCUCCAAGUUUACUGAUGCUACAUGGGGAAAAGAAAUUCAUAAUUUGUAUGAACGACUUUAUUCCGCAAUUCUUGAAACCCAGGGUUCCUCAUGGUCAAAGGAGGACUUUAUGGAUAUUGUUGAAGUUACUGGCGUUGAGAUUGAUGGUAGACGCUCGUUUGCUGAAAUUUCUCAGAAGCUACUUAAAAGGAAUAUACAAUUUUUGUACAAAUUUGCCAGAGCACUGCCAGGAGGAAAAGAGUUGCCUAAUGAAAAGUUCGUAGUUGACUUUUUCAAUUAUCCCGAAUAUAUAAAGUUUGCUAUAGCCAUGUCGUAUAACUUCUAUUGGAGUAAUGAUGAAUUUGUUUUCACUGUGGAUGAUAAACAAUUUCUCAUGCACAAGAAUGAGUUGGAACAUUUCUUAGACAAAGAAGUGCUCAGCUAUCAGAUGGAGAUCUCAGAGCGAAAAAAUAAGCUAAAUCUUACUGUAGAAGAAACAAUGUUUGUAUUUGCAUUACAAAUCAUAAAACCAUCAGCUCAAUAUCCAAAAAUGGGAGUUGCUAAUCAAAGACUGAAUUUGGCAUUCACAAGGUAUCUUCAAACUACAUACGGAAAUGAUUACCAUAAAAGAUUGAGAGAUAUCAUAAACUUUGUAUCGUUCUUUAAUGAAAAAAUUUACUUUUUAAAAAAAUGGACGAAAAAAAAUGAAAGGUACUUGAAUUACCUGACUGAUUGUAAAUUGAUGAAACUUUUUUGGAUUGAAAAGCAGCCAGGAUGGGAAUAUGACAUUCUCGAUAAUUUUCAGGAGAUCGACGAACCUCAAUGAUUAAUUUCCAUGAAAUAAAAAUUACCUGCAUAAAAAAAACUAAUAUAUAGUAAAUAACUAUGAGAUUAAUAAGAUAUUCUUAUUAUUGUUUGACAAGAUAUACUUAUUCAAAGAUUUAAUCUUGGAUUAGCAACUAACCAAGUUUCAAAGUUAUCAUUUUCAAUAUAUUGCAUAAGUAAUGAUGAUACUUGAACAAAAUUGAACUGUGCAUUGUUUUGUGUCUGUAAAUAAUUCAUAUGUAUACAGUUAGAGAAAAUAUCUGCAUCCUAAUCAAAAUUUGACUGAACUUGCCGUAAACAUUCCGGAAAGUACUUGACAGUAUACUUCGAUCUGGAAUGAUCUUUGACAAGUAGUUUAUUGUUUUGUUCUAAUUUCACUAACAUAAAUUAGUCAUCUUGUAUAAAAAGCUACAUAUGAGUAAUAUAAAUUUUAGAAUAGCAGGGGCUAAGAUAUUAUUUCAUAAACCAGUUCCUCUUUUUACUAUCUGUGAUAACAACGAGAAUGUGUUGUUAUAUUGUUGUAAAUUUGAUGAUAUGAAUACAAGGUAAUACUUGUAGAUUAUUACCAUAGUAUAUUAUUAUUUUCGUUAAAUAUAUACAUAUAUAAGGAGAGAGAUACAUAGACCUUUUAAUAGUAUUUGCUUAUAUUGUAUAAACUACAAGUUUAAACAUGUAGCGCCAUCUGACGAUAUGAAUAGUAUUAACUAUGGCUUUCGAAAGCCAAGCUAUCUCUCGCAAAGCGCAUGUUUUCCCUAUUAUCGUUACAGUUUGUUUUGAAUGGACGAGGACGUUAAGAGAAGACAAUAUUUACAUAAAAUUUACGAAAAGCUACAAUUUUCAUGUCCUACUCUAUCAAAUCAUUAUGCUAGAGAAGGGGAAGUAGCGCGAACGUUUAAAGAGAAAAAUACUACUCUUCCCCAUUGCCAUUUAUGUAAUAACGUGUCGCUACUGUCUUUAAAAACAAGGUUAAGAAGGAAGCGCAAAUACAAACCUAAAGAAAGCAAAAAUAUUAAGAAAACUAGGAAAAUUUCAUCAAAUAAAAAGCCAAAGACAAAUAUAAUAUAUAGAUGUCUUAUCUGUAAAAGGCUUACUCAAAGAAACAUCGUAGAUACUAGAAAAAAGAAUAAAUUACGAAUCAGAGACGCUCAACAACCGACAAAUACUAAACAAAAAGCUAUUAAAGCUACAGAAAAAAAACGCAAAACUGAUUUAAGUCAGCCUCAAACAGCACAAUCUCUAAAGAAACUCCUGAAGAAAAAGUCGAAGGAAAGCACUCCUUUAUCAUUAUUUCUCAAUUCCAUGUAAAUUACUAGUUGAUUGUUAUUUAUAGCUAAUUUUACAUUGUAUUAUAUACGAAAACUUAAAUAAACAUUAUUUUAUAAAACAUAAAUACUUUUUAUCCAACUAGACAAUGAUUAAUGAACCAAUAUAUACACGAUAAUGUCACUAAAAAGCUAUUCAAUGUGUGAAAAAGUCUGCAGGAAUAAAAAAACCGUUAAGCUUCUGCAUUAUUUAAUAACGAAACACAGCUGCAUCGAUAGCUUUUUUUGCGAAUAUUCCUUUUUUGAAUAAUUUCUUAGCUGCCGGGUGAACGGUCCACAAAUUGCCCCUGCCACUUCUUUCACCCUUCACAAAGCCUUUACAUGUACAUAAGCAAUGCUUAAGACUUUCUCGAAGUUUCUGGGGAACUUGAUAACGUUCUAUCACUUCCGGAUGCAUUUCCACAACUGCAUCAAAUAAUUGUUGUAACGAUAAAGCUUCUUCCGUUCGCAGUGCCGCCUCUGCCAACAAUUGAAUCUGUGUGUAAGAGCGUCCACCACGAUUUCUUGCUUUAGGAGGUUUCGAAUCUUGUAAUCUUGGCUGCUUAAACAUUUUCUCCUGCGGCGUCACGCAAAGAGGUACAGAAUUUUCCGCGGCCGGGUCGGUUAGGGCAUCCAUCAAGGCAGGAAAUACAAAUGAUCCAUUUUCAUCGAUUGGUACGUAAAAAUCAUCGUUGGAUUCGUGCGUUUGCCUGACGUAUUGCUCCAGUAGAACUUCGCAAUCCGGAUUAGUUAACGGUGAUAUAUUUCUUCCUAACUCGAGAACUAUUUGGUAGGAGGAACUCUUUUCUCGCUCAAUCUCAUCCAUUAUAUCAGGAAAAUCGACUGGUGACUCAUAUGGUGAGCUAGAUGAAAAAGAAAAAUAAUCAGAUGUAAAAGAAUUAGGUGUAUAAGUAUUUAAAUCGUUAUAAUUUAUCGGAAAUCGAGGUGUUGAUGUUACGUCUCCCAUGCAAUCGGAUCGGAAAAUUUCGGUGUUCGAAUCGUUAUCCAUUUUAAUCUUGUAGAAUGUAUCUGGUAGAAAAAGCACGAAAAAAAAAACGAAUAAAAGCGAAAAAGGCCACUUGUCUCUUUGGUCACACAGAGGAGAUAUGGAUUAGAAGAACAUUUUAGACAAUAUAUACACGGGGUCAUGAGUAAAUGGCCAGCAAUGUUUUACCCUCAAAACAAUGGAGUAACUUUCUUUUGAUUCUAUUGAGAAAAUCUUGAGUAGGAAAAAAAACAAUAGGCGUAAGCCCAGCGUUAUCAAGCGACAUCUUCAAGCGUCGUCAAUCACUUUCGUGUAACGAGUGAGUAGUGUUGCUAAACAUUCAGUAAAGCACGUAACACCUUUGAUCUUUCCAUUUAGCGAGAGGGAAAUAUAUAAAAAGGAAUCCAAUAACGGACAAUUUAUAAUAAUAGUAAUUAAGUGUUAAUAUAUUUAUUUGAGUAAAUGUUAAAUAUUAGAUAUGCAUAAAAAUUUUGGAAUCCUUAUGUAAAUUAAUAAUAAAAAAAGUACGUAUUAUAAAUGUCUUUGAUGAUUUUUUUCCUGUCUACAGUUCGGACAGUCAGCUAUAGUUGCGUAAAGGUUUUCCGGGUAAUCGUUAGAUGUCGCCUUUGUACUUGCGUAGAUAGCCUGUUGAGCUCGAAGAUUCUUUUGUCUCUGCCUGUUUAGGAAGAAGGCGUUGUUUUAUAAUUUAUACUAAGCAAUUGCGACAGUUUUAUUAAGCUUGUUUCGCGUAGCUGUUUAUUGGGAGACUUCGCAUAAAACGAACUUGUCGUAUGCUUACCAUUGUAGACACAAUAAUCCCG